CACGUCACGGGGUCAAGGAGUAUUUUCACUUAAGUCAAAAAUGAGACACGAUUUAUUGACAAUAUGUCAAAUUAUCUCCUGUCCAUCUCGUUUUAUGUAUGGUUUUUUUCAUCAAGUUGUUUCACAAAAAACUAAACCACUAUAUUGAUUAUAUGUAAAUGUACACUUAUUACAAGGAAUAUUUAUAAACAGUAAAUAUGUCCGCCAUUUCGACCGAUUCGAUUACCGGCCAAGCCUAUUCAGAGCGAACACUCGCGAUAAUAAAGCCUGAAGCUUAUGAAAAUUCUGAAGAUAUUGAGGGACAUAUACGCAGUAAUGGAUUUAUGAUUCUCGCGAGGCGAGAAGUUCGCCUUACACCAGAACAUGCUGCGGAACUAUACAAAGGUCACUACGGAAGACAUCACUUUCCACAUCUGGUGGCGCAUAUGUCAAGUGGGCCGGUAAUAGCAAUGGUACUUGCAGCUAGGAACUGCAUUAAUAGAUGGAAGACCCUUAUGGGACCAGCCAGAGUCGUGGAAGCUCAAGCUUAUUGGCCAGACAGCCUUCGAGCCUGCUACGGGCGUCGCACUAAAUACGGCGACUAUUUUAAUGGGCUCCACGGCAGCGCAAGUUUGGCUGAAGCUAUCAGAGAAAUACAUUUCUUUUUUCCUACGAUGAUUGUCGGUCCCAUACUUCGUGCAAGCCAGGUGAACGAUUAUAUACAAAAGAAUAUCACGCCAACAUUACUUCCUGCUCUAACUGCAUUGGCACAGGAACGACCCGCUGAACCAAUAUUAUGGCUCGCUGAUCACUUACAUAGACACAACCCUAACGAGCCAGAGUUAGCGCCGCAAGCGCGGGAAAUGCGAGAAGACGUGCGCUGUCAAACGCCAGUGCCCUCUGAGGAAUCUUACAAAUGAAGUUCUUACUUA